CUGUACGGUGGGACGAUAGUCUGUCACAAGUCUCGGUUAUUUAUUGUGUUUUUUGUUAAUAAAUGCAGGCGAAUCAAAUGAAGUUAGCGGUGUUGCAUGCGCUCUUUGUUUGUGUUAUGCAAAUAUGCUCUGGACGGACAGAAAUCGACUUCAAUCAAAUAAGACCAUUAAUAAAGCAAGAGCUCCGUGAAGAUCUUCAUGGAGUCAGUGAGCAAUUUCUGGAGGAUUAUGUGUCCAUAGCUGAAAAAUAUUUCCACGAUUAUUAUGUUAAGGAAAUGGUAUUAGAAGGUUUAGUGCAAAAAAUGUGUCGAUUCGUUUUUGAGCAAAAAAUUUCGAAAAUCGAUGUAAACACCGUGCAAAACCGUCAUGCAUCUAUGCCGGAACUGAACGCCGAGCGACGAAUAAGUGCAUUGGAGAAUAUAAAAAUAUUCAAGGCAUAUGUGUCGAACGGAGUGCCACCCGAACGAAUAAAUGGUAUUCUGAAUUUAUAUUAUGUUUGGGUAUAUCGCGAUGCAACGAGGGAACAAAUCGAAAGCGCCUUGAACUAUUUGUACGGAACGGAGCCCAUUGACUUGAAAACGGUUUUCAUUGAUUCAAUUCAACUAAAUGCAACUACAACCGAAUGUCCCGAUGCGCAUCAAAAGUACACAAAGGUAAUGAAUAAAUUGCAAAAGAUUGUUGACGUCAAACCAAAAGUAGCGCAGGAUGUGACCGCCAUCCACGAGAAAUUCCCAUGCAAUGACAUCGCUCAUCAUCUCAUCAGUCUUGCAUCUUUGCCUAUAGAAUACGGAGCCGAUAUGGCCAAAAUCAAUGGGUGCAUGAUCAUUGAGAAGGGUGGCUUCAUCGGAUAUGACUAUCAGAAAUUCGGGUUGGCCGAAUAUAUUUUAUCAACAAAAUUGCCAGUUGGAACUUUUCGUGGCAUAAUUGAUUUUGUGAAAGCAUGCGACAAAGCUGCUGGGCCGGUCGAAGACAUUGAAAAGACACUGGAAUAUUACUACGACGUUGUGCCGAAAGUGAAGUGCAAAACAACUGAUGAAUACUGAAUAUUGAGGGAAAAUAUGGGGAUUUAUUCGUCAGCAUUUGGACAAAGAUAACAAUAAAAUUUAAAACUUAAACUCACAGAUA